UUCUUCUUGUUGCAUUAUUGAUUGAAAGAAUUCUUGUAAUAUUAUCGUAUCACUGUGUUAGGGGAACAUACUUUUAAAAAACAACUUUAUGGACUCUUACCUCUUUACUGAUUUCCACAAAGAGGCAUGGCCAUCUUUUAACGAUUAUUUUCUUUUUGUUUUUCGUUUUUUUUAUUCUAUUCGGGAUUUUCUUUGUUAUUUCUAGAUAAAUUAUUGUAUAUAUAUUGUAUAUUUAUUUAGAAUUAUUAAUUCAUUGUAUAUCCUUCAUUAAAGUACCUAUCGACAGAGUUUGUCAAGAUUAUUAUUUUAUUAGCAUUGUGACGAGUCGUAUUGUCAAAAAAUAAAAUGAAUCUCUAUAUGUUUUCCGAAGCCGAGUGGUUCAGACGCCGGUUUCAGGGUGUCACCAUCUCAGAGAUCCUGGGUUCGAUUUCCGGUCGAGUGAAUACAGAAAAUAAACUUUUCUAUAUUGUCUCGAGACUGAGUUUUGGGGCAGACGAGAGCUUUAGCUACUCGUUUUGGAAUCUGAGCAAUGUAUAUAUUGUUGUCUUAUAAUUACUUAUUUAAUUUAAUUUCAGUUUUCGAUGAAGAUGGCAACUUAAUGAGGUCGUUCAUUACACCAUAUAUGCAAAGUCUUGCUCAAUACGCGUUGCGUAAGCAGGACAAUGAAAAUUUCUUAGAAUACUUUUUCAAUUUUAUACGUGUAAGUAUUUCAAUUUGUAAUGUAAUGUAAAUAUGAUAUAUUUAAGGUAUCUAAUUAUUGUGUAUUUAAGGUAAAUUAUCUGUGCUUUUUUAAAUUGUCCCCUUGUGUUUAAUAGUGGUUAGAACCUAAACUCUUUAUUUUACUAAGCAUUCUAUUGCAGCCUUUGAUUAUCAAUAUGUCGACAGCAGCGUUCAUGAUACCAGUGUCCCAAGAUGUAGUGCAACAGGCUAUUCGCGAUCCACUAUACCAGAACAAACUAACUAUAUCUUCAAGAGGUCCAGACUUCAAUCCACUUUGUGCCGGGCGAAGAACACAGAUACCCUCUCCUACUUCUUGCAGGGGUUUCUUGAGCUGUUGGGAUGGAUGGGCGUAUGAGCUGGAAUGUCCAGAAGGAUUGAUGUUUUCAGCUGAAGGAUACUGUGAUUAUACAGAUAUGGUCAAGUGUAAAGAUAGAGCAUCGAGUAAGUGUUAACAAUGCCAAAAAAAAAAUCUACUAGUAAUCAGAUAUUUUUAGACGACAUAAGUAACAUUGCUCAAAUCCUAAAUAAAGUAGUUUAGCUAUCUUAAACAACCAAAGUACUAAAAGAGGCAGACCCGAGCAAUAAAGAAACAUUCAUUGUCUUAAUUUAAAAUAUAAACAUUUCAUAGUCUUAGAGGGGCAUAACAGUAAAAUUUUUAAAAGGCCGUUGCAAUUCGAGUCACAAUUGUAAAAAAAAUAAGUCUUACAAUUUACUCUUUGCGUCGAAUUUUUAAAAACAACUUAUAGAACUCGCCCGCCCCAACAGACAUAGGUAUGUGAAAUUAAAAAAAUCAGUAGU